AUGGAAUCACCACCAAUAGUAGUGGAUAAUGGAUCAUACGAGAUUAAAUUUGGUACUCCUGAUCUAGAGACACCGCAUAGAGCUUUUAAUGCUCUUGCUCGGGAUAAAUUUGGCAGUUACUACCUUUCUAAUCAGAUCAAGACUAUAAAGGACAUAUCGUCAGUUGUAUUUAGAAGGCCUCACGAAUUUGGACAACUAACUUCAUGGGAAUUAGAAAGUGCCAUUUGGGAUUACUGUUUCUUCAAUCCUGAUGAAUUCAAUGGAUUUGACCUCAAGGAUAGUAAGGGCCAGCAUUUAGUGGUUAGCGAAACAUGCAUGACGAUACCAGAAUUGAGUAAAAACAUGGAUCAAGUAGUCUUCGAAGAAUACGAAUUUGCUAGUAUGUUCAAAAGCCCCAUAGCAGGAUUUGCACCAUUUGGUAGACCUUCUAUUGCGAUUUCGGGUAAAGGUGAUGAUCAACCAAAUCGGAAGGCAGAACCUGAUGCAUAUGAACCAUUCCAACUGGUAAUCGAUGUAGGCUUUAACUGUACUUGGGUUGUGCCUGUGAUCAAAGGUAUUCCUUAUUAUAAGGCAGUUAAAAAACUAGAUAUUGGCGGUAGAUUUUUGAAUGGCUUACUGAAAGAGACGCUUUCAUUUCGACAUUAUAACGUUAUGGAUGAAACUAUACUUGUGAAUAAUAUUAAGGAAAACUGUCUAUUUGUGAGUCCCGUAUCUUAUUUUGAAAGCUUUAAGCAUAAAGAGCAAACCGCUGUAGAAUAUGUCCUACCAGAUUUUCAAACUAGUUUUCUAGGUUACGUCAAGGAUCCAAAGAAGCCAUUACCACAAGAUUCGCAGACAGUUGAAUUGAAAGAUGAAUUAUUUUCCGUCCCAGAGACAUUUUUCCAUCCAGAAAUACCACAACUUUUAAAACCAGGUAUCAUUGAAACUAUACUGGAGAGUUUAUCGAUUUUACCAGAACAACUGAGACCGUUAAUGUUAGGUAAUAUCGUUUGCACGGGUGGUAAUUUUAAUCUGCCAAAUUUCGCGACUAGAUUAGCUACUGAAUUACAAAGACAAUUACCGACUGACUGGACAUGUACAGUUCAUCUACCGAGUGGGCCUAAGGAACUUUACGGUUGGUCAUCCAUGGCAUCAUUUACCAAUUCACCAUUAUACAGUGAUGCUCGUGUAACAAGGGAAGAAUAUUUCGAACAUGGUGUUGAUUGGUGUACGAGGCAUAGGUUUGGCUAUCAAAAUUGGAUGUAA